UUUAUCACCAGUUUAUACAGAAAACUAUUAAAACAAGUUAAGUGUAAAGUGCUUAUGAAUAUCAAAGUAACCGAUUGUAGUUCAGCAUGUCUUCAAACAAGCAGCGUACAACAAUGCCGCGUCGAACCGAAGAGUUUGAUUUUGCCCCCUCGUCAUCAGUUAAAAAGCAGCCUGGACAACGUCUGAGUCGCAUAGCACAGCCCGUCCGAAAGCACUCGAAGGCGAGUUUAGGUGCCCACGGUUUAAAUGAAAAUGCCGGCUCGAAUCCUAAUGAUCGCCUAACGGCUCUGCCAAAUUCCGCCCAGAAUACUCCGGCAACUAUUCGCAAGACGGGUCCAACAACAAGAAGUCUCAAUUUUACCCCAGCAUCCAGAACUCCGCUGAAAAGUUGCGAGAAUGCGACUGGAAUACCAUCAACCGUUGAAAGAGACAAAGCACCGGUGGAAAAUCGUGACUGGAUGACGGCCCAGUGCGAACGAAUCUGUGACUAUCUCGAAACGAUACCAGAUCUCCCGCAAGAUUUUGUCGAACGCCGAAAUCUGAAGGCAAUGUCAACCAAACAGUUUCUGGUGAUUGUCACGCACCUGUUUCGACAGAUUGGAGGCAGCCGGUACAAGCUGGGAGCCAACUUUCUAGAUGAUAUAAUGAAAACGAUGAAUGAAUUGGAAUAUCCCUAUACGAUUAGUAAAUCGAUGCUCAAAACACCGAAUGUGCCACAUUCGAUCAAUAACAUAAUUGUGAUGAUCGGGUGGCUCGUGCAGUUGGCCCCGCGCGUCGAUAAGAAGAUAACUCCUUUGCAACGAGACUUGCAUGUGUCGGAUGACUUUCCCAGUACUGAGUAUCAAGAGUUCUUCUUCGAAAAGGCUGAGGAUGGUUUCGGUCUAUGGAAUCUGAAAAAGGAAGAAGAAUUUAGUGGAAUCGUUGAAGAACUGACAGAUAAACUUGUGGCAGCCCGAACCAAUGGUUUGACACAACAGCAGGUUUGGCAGCGAAUUUCUGAGCUGGAACAGAAACUACAAGAAUUCAACGAUCAAUCAAUUCAGCAAACACGUGAGCAAAGUAUGGACGGAAUAAACAGAACUAUAGAAGAGCAGCAACAGUUGAAAAAGAAGCUUCAAGGUGAAGUGAAAGCUUUACAGAAUGAAGCUAAUCAAGCCGAAGAAGAGUACUACCGGCAUCAGGAAGAGUUUUAUGCUUUGAUGAAAAAAAUGGAACAAUUGAAAAAGGAAAUUGAAGCGCAGCAGUUGAGUGCCGGCGAACGAGAUGAGUUAAUCGGUACAAUUGCUGCCAACAAAAAUCUUCUGACUGCUAAACGAUUGGCCGUCAGUACAUUAGAGCAUACUUGCUUUGAACACCAAAUUGCUGUCUCGCGAUUAAUCAAGCAAAAAUUUACACUAAUAUCUAAUUUGAACACCCGGCUUUCCCAGUUCGCUGACAGUUUGAAACCAAUGAUUGAAUACUCGGCACCGGUAAUAGAUCUGAAGACUGAAAAUUACACCGACCUACUGACAGACUUGCGUUCCAUCAAGUCACAAAUAGCGACGGUACUUUCUCAGCAAUCAACGAUUUACAGUUCUUUGAACGAUCGAAAGGCACAGCUAGAACAGCAGAUGUCAGAUUUACAAAUUCAGCAUAUCUCACUUGAAAAAUCUCUGCAGGAAUCUACUGGCCGGUACGAGCAGCUACAGAAACAAAGAGAUGACAUUGUGCAACAGCUAAGUAGUGUCUCGGUGGAAAACACGCAAGCUUCGCACCGGAAGCAAGAGGAAUGCGACCAGAAGGACCGCAAGGUUACCGAACUUCAGCAGCAAUGCGAGCAAAACCGCAGAGCGGUCGAGAAGCUAACCUACGAUAAGCAGAGAUUGAUGGUGGAAAAUUUGGAAAAGUGCCAGGAGAUACUGAACGAAAAGAAACGGAUGCAGAAGGAAAUGACGGACAUGGUAGAACGGCUGGAAGCGGAGUAUGCUGGCAUUGAACGGGAUCUUGCCGAAGGUUGAUGAUAGUGUCAGAAAUAUGGUUUAGGCUAUUUAAUUGUUUGAUAACUCAGUAUACUUAUUUGUUUUACGUUUCGUCUUCGACUCAUCAGUGCAAGGUGCAUGUAUCAAAACCGCUGAAUGACUGUCAAUAUACUUGUUAUGUGUCUGUAUUUCAA